AUGUCCGAAACGACUCUCAACCUCAAGCCCGCGACGGUGACGACGGCAGGUCCCCGGCCAGCUCCCAAAGCGUCCGACCUCGCCCCAUUGCAGUUCGAGUACACCCCGAGCCGGGAUGGAAGCGACGCCAACCUCCUCAUCAUGUUUCACGGGAUGGGAGAUACCAAGGCCGCGUUUGCUGGUCUCGGGCGCCAGCUCAACCUCCCCGCCACAGCCGUGUUGAGUCUCCAGGCUCCACUUGCUAUCCCGCUCAUGGACCCGCCAGCGUGGACGUGGUUCAACGCCUUUGAUCCACUCUUCAACCCGCUCCCGAACCCCGACCCAUCGCCGACGCUGCCACCACUCCGCGCGCUCCUCUCCAAGCUCGUGACGCUAGGUUGGGCCCUCGAGGACAUUCACCUCUUCGGGUGGCAGCAGGGCGGCACGAUGGCCCUCGAGCUCGCGCUCUCCGUCGGGCGUGAGAGUUUGACCGUCUCAAACGAGGUCAAUGGGAAGCGCCUCGGCUCGGUCGUGAGCGUGUGUGGCAAGCUCGAGUCGUUCCCUUCCGCCCCAGUGCAUGCCGCAACACCUGUGCUGUGGUUCACCCGCUCGACUGGUGCCGCGGCACAGAAGAUGGAAACGACGCUGCGUCGAGCCUUCACCACGCUCGAGGUUGAGUAG